AUCGACAUGUUGACCGAAAUUUCGUCCGGAUUUUUAACACAGCAUUGGACUUCUAUACUGUUCUCUCUUCUCUGCCAAUGGAUAUUCAUUUCAAAAAAACACGAGUUUUUUAUCACUUUAUUACACAGUGUUUCAACUAUAAACAACAGAAAUGAAUAAUUAUAAAAUGAUGAAUUAUUGUCGAUUAUUUAAUGCAUAUCGUUUAAUGAAAAAUUUGCGAAAUUAUUCUACUGUAACAGACGAAAAUUUCGAAAAAUGGAAUGCAGUAAUAGGUUUAGAAGUUCACGCCCAAAUUUCUUCAGAAUCAAAAUUAUUUUCCGGCGCAAGUACAAGUUUUGUACAACCCGUUAAUACUUGCGUUUCAUUUUUUGAUUGUGCUACUCCAGGUACAUUACCGGUACUUAAUAAAAAAUGUGUUGAAGCCGGUGUUUUAACAGCAUUAGCACUAUCUUGUCAAAUUAAUGAAGUAUCAUUUUUUGAUCGAAAGCAUUACUUUUACGCUGAUUUACCAGCUGGUUAUCAAAUAACUCAACAAAGACAGCCACUUGCAAUAGGUGGGAAAUUAAAAUUUAAUGUCUUUACACCUGGCAUCCAUAGACAACCGUAUAUUAAAUCAUCUAAAAUAAAACAAAUUCAGUUAGAACACGACAGUGGCAAAAGCCUUCAUGAUGAGUUUGAAAACAGGAGUUUAAUUGAUUUAAAUAGAGCUGGAAUACCACUUAUGGAAUUGGUGUUUGAGCCAGAUCUUGCUGAUGGCGAAGAAGCUGCAGCAUUAGUCAAGGAACUUAUUAAUAUUUUACAACGUCUAAAAACUUGUUCUUGUAAAAUGGAAGAGGGUGCACUCCGUGUUGAUGCUAAUAUUUCUGUUCAUAAACCAAACGAAUGUCUAGGAGUAAGAACAGAAGUAAAAAAUAUUUCAAGUGUUCGAGGAAUUGCAAAUGCAAUUAAAUAUGAAAUUAAUAGACAAAAGAGGAUUUUAAGUAAUGGAGGAAAAAUUGUUAAUGAAACUCUUACUUGGGAUGCUUUAAAAAACAAAACAGUUUCAAUGCGUACUAAAGAAGAAAAACAUGAUUAUCGUUUUAUGCCAGAACCUAAUCUACCUCCUUUGAGAGUUCAUAUAAGAAAGGAUUGUGAAAAUAAAUAUAAUCUUAUUGAUGUUAAUGAAAUUGCUUUACGAAUCCCUAAGUUACCUGAAGAAAUACGUGAGCAUUUGCGAAAUAAUUUAGGAUUAUCUCCUCAUGCGACAAUUGUACUUGUGAAUAACUAUGAACUGACAGAAGUUUUUGAAAAGAUAAUAAGUGAAAACAACAAAAGACAACCUCAAAUGGUGGCUAAUAUUCUUUUGAAUCAAGUGCUGGAAUUUGUUAACAAACAUAAAUUAAAUUUUGAACAUCAAGCAUUGCAACCACAAAAAUUAGGUCAAGUUAUGGAUCUUUUUCAUAAUAAUGUCAUUAAUUUGAAUGUUAUGGAAGAAUUAUUUGAAAAAAUGAUCGCAGAACCUUUAAAAACCCCAAUUCAAGUUGUUGAAGAAAAUAAAAUGGAACAAAUUAAUGAUGAGCUAGUUUUAGAAAGGAUAAUAAGAGAUGUACUUGUUGAAAAUACAAAAAAGGUGAAUCAAUAUAAAAAUGGAAAGAAAAAAGUGCUUCGAUCUAUUAUAGGACAAAUUGCCAAAAAAACAAAUGAUCGUGCCAAUAUGAGUAAAGUUCACGACAUUCUAAUAAAAAUACUAGGUUGAAUAAUUUGAAAUUUUUGAAAAAUAAAUGAAAUUGAAUUGUAACUAUAAGUAUUAAAAGAAUAUUUUAAAUUAAA